AUGGAAGUUAACCCAGAACUACCGCUCGUCGAUGAUGACAAGAACGACAUCGAAAAAAGCUCUUUAGAUUCUACGCUAUUAAAACAGCAUUCUUCUUCACCAGAAGAACAUAAAAAAAUUCAAAAUGAUUUAUAUGUUAGACGCUUGCAAACAGUCGAAGAGGUAGCUAAAGCAACAAUAUUAAAAGAAACAUGGGAAGAAGAAUUCAAAUCGACUAAUGGCAUAAUUGUCGAUAAAUAUUCAAUUGAACAAUCAAUUGAUCCCGUGAUAGACUCGCCAAAACCAAUAAUUGAAUACAAGAAAUCACAAAAUAUGAAGAUUUCCUACGCGUCAAAAAAAUGUGAUUCUUUUAGGCUUUCUGAGGGAAUAGAAAUUGAUGCAAGUUCAUCCGAAGAUUUAAGGAAGUUUUUCGUGCUACUCGAUAUGCAUCCCAGAAAUCAUUCAGAUAAUGCAUUUUUAAAUGAACUAGAAACACAUGAUGUGUAUUGUGAGAUUGCAAGUGAGCAAGUUUCAAUUGAAUAUAAUAUUCAAAAUAUUGAAAUCACUGCUGAAUUUAAAGAUGCUAUUGGAAAAGCUUUAAAGACAAACACGCCAAUUGAAGAUUUAAAACGUGUUUUUAACAAAUUCGGACAUUUAUUUACCACUAAAAUAAUAAUUGGUAAUAAAUUACAAAGGAUGGUGCGCUUAAAUGGAGAAAAAGAUAAAGAGAAUCAUGUGUCAAUUUAUCAUGACAUAGGUAAUGAAUCUUUAAGCCUCUGGAAAGAAAAAAUUCAACCGUACGAUUCUUCGUAUCUGUGGACAAUGGAUGGUGACCCAAUUGAAAUCAACCAAAUUUCAAAUUGGCUUGAAACUAUUCCAUUAUUCGAAUUAGAAUGGCAUAUUAUCAAGCGCAUCGUUACCCCAUUAUAUAAAAUUCUUUGUAUCAAUCAACGAAAAGAAAUCGAAAAACUUUUCAGUAAACAAGAUCAUAUUCUAAUAACCAAUACAACUGAAAUUUUGGCCUUUAACACCGGAUAUCAACGGAUAGAAUUUAAUAGCAAACUAAAGAGCAGGAAUUAUCAAAUAUUUGGAAAAAUCGUGGAUGCCAAUGGCAAAGAGUUACCAAAUAUUUAUGUGAAGUUUAGUCUGAAAUCAGAGUAUGGGUUUUCAGUAAAUUGGAUUCGGGCUGGCGAUAAGAAUUUUUCUAUAAACUUACAAACACUAUCGCUUGAAUGGAGACUAAUUGGCUGUCCAAGUGAGAUCGGUUACUUUGAUUCAACAACUCGUGAUAAAGAAAUUAAAACUGGGUCUACAGAAUUGAAAAUUGCAUCCAAUAAAGAAGCACCAAUUUUGGAAGUUGAAGAUCCAACACAACAGUGGUCUUGCCGAAUAAAUACAUGUAUUGACAAACCUGACAAACCUCUUUCUUCAUCUUCUAUUUCACUCAACCUCGAAUAUCCUACCACACGAAAAGCGCCAAUUUUUAAAGCAUCUUAUAAAAUAUUGCAACAAUUUUAUUCAAUUAUCGAGGUAAAAGUUGAGCUAAUCAAAGCUGAGUAUGUUGAAUUUUUGAAUGAGGAUGAAGAGAUUACAGUUACAAUUCGAUGGUGUGUUAUUUGA